UGUGCCCCGUGGCCUCCAGCCGCUCCCCAGCUCCGCCGUCACGUCGGGCCGGGGCCAGCGCUCGGAGGCCUUCGGCGCCGCCGCGGCUGUGCCCUGCAAGGCUGCGCCGCUCGGCAUGGCGGUGCACUACUGCGGGCUCUGCCGCCGCACCUCCUUCACCGGCCGCCGGCACCUCUACAGCGCGGGGCACCGCCGGCGGCUGCAGGAGGCCCUGGCCCGGCUGCAGGAGGAGGUGGCGGCGGCGCGGGCGGCGGCGGCCGCAGCCGAAGAUGGCGACGGCAGCGGCGCGGUGCAGCGCUACGACCCGGCCGCGCACGACCGGCGCGUCUGGUGCCUGUGCUGCGGGCGCGGCGUGCAGCGGGACGGGCGGCGGGACGGGCUGGCGCUGCUGCGGGCCGGGCUCCUCCAGCACUUCGCCGGGGCCGAGCACCGCCGGGAGACGGUCCGCUUCUGGCGGGAGAACCGCGUGGAGGCGGCGCUGCGGGAGCGGUUCCUGGUGCCGGCCGAGGAGUACGAGCGCUUCGAGCGGGCGCUGGAGCGGGCGGUGGCCGCGCAGCAGAAGCAGGAGGAGGAGCACAUCCAGCAGAUGGCGGCCGGCAUCCGGGAAGCCGAGCGGCGGCGGCAGGAGACGGUGCGGGCCGCCCUCCAGCUUCAAACAGAGCCAGAGGUUUGUGCAGGACCUUCCAUCUGCAGCCCCGCGGCAGCACCUGAGAGGAAUUCCUCUCAUGAUACUCAGCACCCUGGUCCCAGUGGAAUGCAGACAGGACCUGACCUGAACUGGAUGGAACCAGGCCAGGCUUUGACCUUCAUCGGCCACCAGGAGACAGAAGGGAAAGGAAACGUUCACACAGGAGCAAAACCUCCGUGGCUAAUUGAGGAAGAGGAUGGCAGUCAACAACAGAUUGGACCUUCCUAUGAGGAGUUUCUCAAACAAAAGGAGAAGCAAAGGCUGAGAAAGCUCCCAGCAGAGCGUGUAGGUGCCAACUUUGACCAUACAUCUCAGACAGGUGACAGCUGGCUCCCCUCCUUUGGGCGGGUUUGGAAUCACGGCAGAAGAUGGCAGUCCAGACAUCAGUUUAGAACCGAAUCAGGGGAAAAGAAGAGAAGGUGAGCAGAAGCGAAACACUGGACUUGGAAACAGCUGCAAGUGCUGUCAGGUUCAGCACUGUUAGUAAAUACAUCUUGAAGCGUUUGGUCCCCUGGAAAGCAGGAUGAUCACAGCAGAUACCUAAUGGAGCACUGUUACUGAAAGCUGCUGUGCCACAGAGUGUUGCAGAUCCACUUCUUGAAACAGACAUGCAGUGUGGAGCUGGGUAUGGAGUUCUGAUGUCUUGGGCUACCCAAAGGCAGACCCUGGCAGCAGGAAAGCCCUCCUGCCCAUGCCCUCUGCCCAGAAAGCCUGGCUUACACAGCACAUGCUGCCCAGCAUCCUGCACUGCAUUAAAGAAACACGUUUUUGAGAAAUAAACUUUGUUUUCCAAAAAAAAAAAAGUUACCUAUUAACAACUGAAAUUGUUUGAUUCAGGGCCUGGGGUGCCUGAUGCCUCCAUUCUCAUUUGUUACUUUCACUUGUUCUGCCUUACCUAAAGGACUUAAUCCUCAUUAGAAAAAAGCCUUAACCUCUGCUGUACAUACUUCUUACUUCUAAUUUAAAUACCUAGAGCCUUAUUUAGAGCCCUUAUUUAGAGCCCACUCCAGUUGCUCUUGCCUUGUGCAGGUCUGUGAACAAGGCUUCUUUAGAGGGAGUGUCAACAGUGAAAAACACCCUGCUGGCACCUCCCCUACACACAAUGCAAUAAAUUGGCUUCAGAGUUUUC